AUGACCGAAACUGGUGCUUCGGGUGCAGCGCUCGCCGGAUCGUCCAUUACACUUGUGCCCUUCGCCGCAAGCUUUCUAUACGCAGAUAUCGCCAGUGCCUUCUCUGCCGAAGCGUUCACCGCUGAUGCCUCCUGGUGCUCCGAGCAGCCUUCGCAAGACGCCGACUUACCAUGCCGUCCUCGCAUCAGCGUGAACAGGUGGGCAGUGAAUGUGGUGAUUUCUGGCUUGGCGGCCGUCGCGGUGUCCUUGAUCUUUAUCAUCGGGCUCUGGUACAAGACGCCUUCGCGCAUCACCGUCGACACAACAUCCAUCUCGGGCGUGGCCAGAGUCGUCGGUCACCCCGAGGUCGAGCGCGCGUUCACCACCAUCCCCGUAGACAUGACCAACGCCCAGCUGGCUGCCUACCUCAAAGACAAACGCUUCGCCCUCGGCACGUUCCAAGCCGAGAGCGGCGAGAAAUAUGGUCUCGUGCCUGUUGAAGAAGCAGAGGACCGUCCGCGGUCCUUUUUCCAACGCACCGAAAUCUGGGCCGUCCAGAAGAAGGCGAGCUUCAAGACGUCCUCCUGGACGCAGACCCGUUUCAAAGUCGAUGUGCUCUUCGGUGUCUUCCACCUCGCGCUGCUCGGCCUCGGUAUCGCCGCCCUAGUCAAUGUUGACAACCCCCGCCGCAUCUUCAGCUACGAUUCGCGUCCCGCAACCAUCGCCGUCCGCGUCAGCAUGUGCUUCAUCGGUAUCCUUGUCUCGCGGUACUGGGGCAUGGUAUUUGCCGACGCGCAGAAUUUUGCGCCGUACGCGCGCAUGCACGCCAAGCCGUCCAAGGCGGAAGGGACAAUCAUAAAGCGCGGGUACAACUUACCUCUCUUGGCUAUCGUGCCUCUAGCGAGGAUGGGGUAUUUCAUCCCCAUGGUUGUGGCGAUUACCGCGCUCUUGGCUGAGUUCUUCGUCAUUACCGUGAGUGGGCUGCCGUGGCGGCCUGGACAGCUGCGCGGGGAGUACAUCUUUUGUGGUGUCGGGUGCGUGAUGAUUGCGCUGCUCAUGCUGACCGCCCAGGGGCUCAUGUUCUACUGGCGCAGCACGUUGCCCACCCUGCCUCGCCGGCCGGACUCUGUUGCUUCCGUCAUGACCUACGUCGCUGGCACGACGAUGAGCCGUGACUUCAACGCCGUGUCUGCGUUGGAUGAGAAAACGGCCGACAAGACCAUCGCCGAGAUGGGUAAGAGGUAUGCGUACGGAAUGAAGGUAGAGGAAGACGGGAGACAGAGAUGGGUGGUUGAUGAGGUGGGGAUGGGAUAUGAGGGAAACCGCACAAGGACGAUGGAACACACUGCGUGA